CGGGCGGGGGCGCGGAAUGACCGGGGUGCUGGAGAGCCUAGUGCCGGACAUGCACGCCAGCCAGAUCUCCGCCGGCAGCUACCACCAACACGGAGGCCUACACAAGCCGCAGGAGUCUCCCACGCUGCCCGUCUCCACGGCCACCGACAGCAGUUACUACACCAACCAGCAGCACGGGGCGGCUGGCGGGCCGCCCUACGGCCCGGUGGGCUCCUACCCCUACGCGGGCAGCGGUACCGCCCCCUACUCGGCCAAGGCCGGCUACGACCUGGGCUAUGCGGGCGCCUACGGCUCCUACGGUCCCUACGGCAGCAGGGCCUCUCUGGCCAACAACGACUCCGCAGAGAAGGAAGAUUGCGAGCCGGAGAUCAGGAUCGUGAACGGGAAGCCGAAGAAAGUGCGGAAGCCUCGGACCAUCUACUCCAGCUUCCAGCUGGCGGCUCUACAGCGGCGCUUCCAGAAAACCCAGUACCUCGCCCUGCCCGAGAGAGCGGAGCUGGCGGCCUCCCUCGGCCUCACACAGACGCAGGUGAAGAUCUGGUUUCAGAACCGCCGUUCCAAGUUCAAGAAGAUGUGGAAGAGUGGCGAGAUCCCGGCGGAGCCGCCUCCACGCCGCAGCACUUCGCCGCCGCCUCCCACUUCGCCCCCUGCCUGGGAUUUCGCUCCGCACCCGCGCACGGCGGGCAGCACCGGCACCGCCAGCCCCAGCCCCGCCGCCGCUUUCCUCGGCAGCUACUCGUGGUACCCGCCGGCGCCCGGCCCCGUCCCGCAGCCGACGCAGCCGCCGCAUCACCACGGCAGCGGCAUUUUUUAGCCGCCGCAGAGACUUGGGCCCGCGGGGCCGUGCCCGGCAGCCGCUGGGCACCGAGCUGCAGCACCGGUGUUUUGGCGAAGCCUGGCUCUGGCCGUUCUCGAGGAAAGGAACCGCUCCGCGCCCCGUCUUGUUCCGUCGCGCCACCGGCGGGGGGCCCCCGUGUGCGCUCAGGCCGGCGGGGUCUGUCCUCCUGCUCCCCAAAAGAACCAGGCUGCGGAACAAGCACCCACCUCCUCUCCCUCCCUCUUCCUUGGCUCUUUCGUCAAACCACGGGUGCAGAACUUUGAUUAAUUCUUGAUUUUUUAUUUUUUUAAAGUCGUUAGGUG